CAAACCGCCUCUUGAGAUGAACUAGCGCAGCACCAUCGUUCAGCGGGCUGGAUUUCACACACUACAAUGAAGAUACUGUUUUUCACUGGACUGCUCUCUCUUACCUCCAGUUUUUGCACUACUGCUUCAGAAUUCUCACUGAAUGGCUCUGCAAUUAAAACAGUGUCUCUUAUCAAAACUUUCCGUGGAAUUUCAGCAAGAGACUAUGAUUACAUCCCCCCUUACGCUAUAGAAGGGGAAACAACAACCAUCCAUAUCAGAGAAAACAAAUGCACUUCAAAAAAGUCAAAUGAUUCCACAUUAACAGAAGUGAGCAACGCCACGCUGGAGUACCUGACCAGCUCUCUGAGCACCAAGCUAAUACCUGCUGUCUACCUCAGUGCUGUUUUAUUGGGCGUACCGUCUAAUGCCAUCAUUUUGUGGAUGCUGCUCUUCAGGAUCCGCUCUGUGUGCACUGCCGUCCUCUACACAAACUUGGCUGUUUCAGACCUGCUCUUCUGCAUCAUGCUGCCCUUCAAAAUAGCCUACCACAUCAACGGGAACAACUGGAUAUUCGGGGAGACCAUCUGUCGAGCGGCCACGGCGGUGUUUUACGGCAACAUGUACUGCUCCAUUCUGCUGCUCACGUGCAUCAGCGUCAGCCGCUACGUGGCCAUCGUUCACCCCUUCACCUACAAGAGCCUCCCGAAGCGCGCCUACGCCAUCGCAGCCUGCGCUGCCGUGUGGGCCGUCGUCUUCUUGUACAUGCUCCCGCUUGCCAUCAUGCAGCAAAGCUAUUACGUGAAGCAGCUGGACAUCUAUACCUGCCACGACGUGCACAGUGCCUGUGAAACCGUAUCUUCCUUCCAGUUCUACUACUACGUGUCCUUAGCUGUAUUCGGGUUCUUAAUACCACUUGCAACUAUCGUCUUCUGCUAUGUCUCAAUUAUAUGGACACUCAAGACUCAGGAAUGGUUCUGGUAUGUCAAAGUCAGUCUUUUGAUUCUUACCAUCUUUGCUAUUUGCUUUGUGCCAAGCAAUAUUAUCCUUAUUGUCCAUCACAUCAACUAUUACUAUAACAACACAGAUGGGUUGUAUUCUUUUUAUCUAAUUGCUUUAUGUCUUAGCAGCCUAAAUAGUUGUCUUGAUCCUUUCCUUUAUUUUCUGAUGUCAAAAAUUAGAAGUCAAUCCAAUACUUAUCUAACAAUGGUUAAAAUAUCCCGGGAAAAAUGAAUUUAUUUAUAUUACUGGAAUUAUGAUUUUAAAUAGUAUUAACACAGACAGCAACAAAUCUCAGGUGCAACAUUUGUACUUCAAAUAAAAUGUGUUAGAAAACACAAUCUCAGUUAAAUUUACUUCCUUCUGCACAAGGAAUAUCUCCCAAAAUACACUUCUCCAGCUCUAUAACUUUACUACAUGUAUUGCAACACCUGUGUACCUAGAUUAAGGGAAGUUGCUCUGCACCUCCUUUUCCUUCUGAGAUCACCUUCUGGCCAUGGAGAAGCUGCCAGGGUAUCAGUCACCACAGCCUCUAAAUACCAGAAGAGGAGUCAGCAUCCAAACAGCACUUCUAGGGCAAUUCAUGAUGGCACUUCAAAUUAGCUCUCAGCCAACAAUUACUGCAGGAACAGUGAUGCAAAAACAAGUUUUUGGCCUGGUGAAAAUGGGAGCAAAUAAAAGCACUUUCUACAUGCCUGGGAGCAGUCAAGAGCAAAUACUUCCCUGGAUGUUGGAAAUACAGAGUUCCCAUAGGUUGCCAGAACAGUAAAUCUACAGCCAUGGACACAGAACCUGACUUUUCCAAGGCUACCUCCUCUCCCAUGAGGCUGCUUAACCAGCUCUGCACUGGAGACUUGUUCUUCCACUUCGUCAGCGCCUGUACUCCCCUAACCCACAGGAAUCGCUGGGAGCUAACCCUUAUCAGUGUGAACCCAGGCAUGUAUUACUCUUGCUUGGUAAGCAUUACAGGGAAACUAUUUUGUAGUAUUCUCUAUUUCCACAUCCUCACAGGAAAUGCCUAGAGUGUUACAAACACUGCACCUAGUUACCAUUGACUGUUAGUAAAACAAUGGGUCAACUUUUACCUUUACAGAAACUCAAAACCCACAUAUAUACUAUGUUCCUAGAAAAUGAGCUCAGUAGUUGUCAUUUGAAUUUGUAACUGCAGCAUGUAAGUGGGGAUAAAAAUGUUUUAUGUUGUUUUGAUAACAGUAUUGUAAAAAAUAUUUACUUAAAUAAAAUAAGUUGCACUGGAAAAUAC